GACGUCACUUAUCAACGCUUUCGACAGGGGAAAAAGAUCAGAGGAUCUGGCUGUCCAAUUACACGCUGUGUAACUUGCGGGGUAAGGUGGAAAAGUACGAACAUCCAAAGUUUAAAGACCUGACGGAAGGAAACCGGGAUAAGCGGCGGGCAGACACCGUGAUCCAUCCUUAGGUCCUCGGUGAGAGUGAACAUGACAGCCCGCUUUCUGCCUGGAUCACUAAGACGUCUGUUCUGCAGCUGGUCCUCCAGGCUUCCACCUGCACAAUAUGGAGGAAGACACACAGUGACUCUGAUUCCUGGAGAUGGCAUCGGACCAGAACUGGCCCAACAUGUACAGGACAUGUUCAGGAUCUGCUGUGUACCAGUGGACUUUGAGGUCAUUGACAUUGACUCCACCAAGGCCUCAGAAGUUGACAUCAAUAACGCCAUUAUUGCCAUCAAACGCAACCGUGUUGCACUAAAAGGUAACAUUGAGACCAACCACGACUCGCCGCCAUCUUACAAGUCCCGAAACUGUCUGCUCCGCACAGCUCUGGAUCUUUAUGCCAAUGUGAUGCACUGCCAGUCUCUCCCUGGAGUGAGGACCCGCCACGAAAACAUCAACAUCACGAUCAUCAGGGAGAACACGGAGGGCGAGUACAGCAGCCUGGAGCACGAGAGUGUUCCUGGAGUUGUCGAAUGUCUGAAGAUCAUCACCAGGACAAAGUCAUUACGUAUCGCCGACUACGCCUUCAGAACAGCUCGGGAGAACGGACGUGGACGGGUGACAGCUGUGCACAAAGCUAACAUCAUGAAGCUGAGUGACGGCCUCUUCCUGGAGUGCUGUAAGGAGGUCGCCAGUGGUUAUCCUGAAAUCACAUUUGACACCAUGAUUGUAGACAACACUGCCAUGCAGCUUGUUUCCAGGCCUCAGCAGUUUGAAGUCAUGGUCAUGCCAAACCUGUACGGAAACGUUGUCAGUAAUGUGUGUGCAGGUCUGGUUGGAGGGCCGGGUCUGGUUCCCGGGGCCAACUAUGGGAAGGAGUACGCUGUGUUUGAAAUGGGAACUAGGAACACAGGAAAGGACAUCGCUAAACACGACACGGCAAACCCCACAGCCAUGCUGCUGGCCUCCUGUCUGCUGCUGGACCACCUGAGGCUGCACCACUACGCCAGCACAAUCCGCAGAGCCGUCCUCUCCACUGUCACAGAGACUCAGAUGCUCACUCCUGACCUGGGGGGGCACAGCUCCACCUCCGAGGUGGUUCAGUGUAUCAUGAAUGCAGUUCAGAACCCGACGAAGCAUCUGAAAGACAGGUGUCGUUCAACUUGACUUCAUAUUAGAGGCGUUCUGGACGGUGGUUUGAUCCCUAUAAUAAAACCCUGUAAGAAGUAUUGGUGUUUGUGUGGUUUGGUCUUGUCAUAUACGGGUGUAAUUGCAGCUCUUUGUAUUCCACAGAGAGCCAACAUGCUUCUGUUUGACUGCUACACUUGUACAGUGGUUGUAAUGUUAAGAAAAUUUCAUCACUGAAUUAAAAUAAGAUCAUCAGAUAAGUCAUGAAAGACAACGAAAGAAAACAUCACAUGGCAAAUCCAAAACUAAGGAAACCGUCUGCCAGAAGUGCCGCAACUGUGUGUUUUGUGUUUGUUAAUUGUGUUUGUAGUUUUGUUAAUUUUAUCUCGUGCUCUUUGUUCAAACGCCCUUUUUCCCUCUGACUUUGUUGUUGCCAAAACAAAGUACAUUUGGUACCUCAUUUACCUGUUAGUGAAAAAAUAAUUUCCUCAUUGCAAAGACUUUCUUUCUUUAAACUGUUGUAGCAGCAUACAUUUAGAAAUAACCCAUUAUAUUAGUCCUGUUGACAAGUUUCUAUCUUCUUUAUUUAUUUUCCUCUUUUCAGUUUUUCAUGUUUCCUAACAUGUGUUUGAGCCACUUAUUGUUUUUACAUUUUACAAAAAUUGCACAAUGCACCAAACAAUGUCACAUAAAGUAAAUAUACUGAAUAUAAAUGGAACUCACA